GGGUGGGGGCCGCGGAAGAGCGAGCGAGCGAGAGAGACAGACAGAGAGGCGCUAUCGAGCAUGGCGGCUGCGGUGGUGAUGAGCGGAGCCGUGUGGCGGAGCGCGACGCGGGGAGUCCGUGCGGUGCUCUGCAGCAGCAGCAGCAGAGCCAUGAGCGGCGAGUCAGGAGGCGACCGUGCCGGCUCGGUGCGCGAGGCCGGUGGGGCCUUCGCCAAACGCGAGAAGGCUGAGGAGGAGCGCUACUUUAAGAAGAUGAACACGGAUCAGCUGAAGUCUCUGUCCAAGCACCACGAGGAGGAGAUCAAGCACUCGGAGGCCGAGAUCCAGCGUCUGAAGAAGGAGAUCGAGAGACACAAGGAGAAGGUGAAGGGUCUGCGCAAGAUCCAGGAAGACGACUAAGGGAGACGUUCGGUGGCGGGGGGGCGGUGGAGACGUGGGAGGCGGGAGGGGGGCACCGCCAUCGCUAUGGCUACCGACUGAGUUCCCAGAUACCCCCCAGAGAACAGGUCUGCCCGAUCGCGGGAUUCCCUGAUCUUGGGUCCUUUGACUUCCAGCUCCCCGUUGCUCGUUGUGCUCUGGCCGUGUAACCCACCCCGAGCUCCACGGCACCCACUCACGGGCAGCCCCGACCAGCCCUGGCUCGUCUGGCUGUGAGCGGACUGUCGUGCGACGAGGUAGUCCUCGAGUCACAUUUGCGAUGGCCGUUCUUCCCCUCUCCUCAUCCUCCCUCCUCCUCCACCCAGCUCUCGUUUCCCACCACUAACCUGUUUCCCAUCGCCUCCCUCCCUCCGUCAUCGCUCCCUCCCUCGGCGAUCGUGGUUACAUUUCUUUCCGCUAAGGAGCAGAGCGCGCGCGGGGAUAACCGCCAUGGAAACUCUGGGGAGGUUUUCAGAUUUCAAAUAAAUGGAAUUCAAACGUG